UUAAGAGUUGCGACCUGUCAAAAAUUACGUCAAAUUAAUUACUACCAUAAUUCACACAAUUUGUGACUUCUAAAAGUUUUUAAAACCAAUACAUUUAAUAUUUAUAUACAAGGACAACAGUCCAGUUAAAUCAGAUAACAAGUUAAACCUAUGGAAAUCUAAAAAAUACUCGUAAAUAAUAAUAAUAAAUCAUAACAUGUAACACCCCAUAGUAUCCUGUUCAUUAAUAAACAAAAAUGGACCAACAAUUUUCAUUGUCUUGGAACAAUUUUCACGGGAAUCUUAGCAAAGGUUUCGCUGGUUUAUUAGGGAAUGGUGAAUUUGUCGAUGUAACAAUUGCAGUAGAAGGUCACUUGCUUCAAGCACAUAAAGUUAUACUUUCAAUAUGCUCGCCGUACUUCAAGAAAAUGUUCCAACUGAAUCCCUGUCAGCAUCCUAUUGUUGUACUCAGAGAUGUCUCACACAAAGCUAUGAGGGAUUUGUUACAAUUUAUGUAUCACGGUGAAGUUAGUGUUAAAAGAGAAGAUCUCACUAGUUUUAUAGGUACAGCUGAGGUAUUGCAAAUAAAGGGGUUAACAAAUAAAGAGACUGAAGAAGAAUGUUGUGAGACUGAAAAGGAACCUCAUCAAAACUUAGAAACACAAAAUGAUAAUCCUAACACAGAAUCCUGUGCCUCUGAAAUGUAUGAUACCUCACCAAAUGAAACUCAAGAAACAAAUGAUGUUGAUAUAUUGAAACAAAGGCAAUUUAUUGAAAAGCUUCAACAGAUCAGCACACUGAAAAGGAAAUCAGAAGAAUUUCUCAAAAAAAACUUUUAUACGGAUGUACUAAAUGCAGAGAAGAGACAAAAGUUUAAUGAAAAAUUUAACUAUAGUAAACAAUCUAAUCAUUCUGUACAUAAUGCAUAUGAGAAUUUGAAGAAAAUAUAUGAUGAAAAUCCUGUUGAUAUAACAACAUCGUUGAAUCCAAUUCAGAGUCCCAGUAAAAAUAGCAAUGAAAAUAAUAUGAGUCAAACAGGACCAGACACUCCCAUUGAACUUAAAACUGAAUGUGAUGAUAGUGAUAUUAUUGUAACGGACCCAGCUGUAUGCACAACCCAUGAUGCACAAUCGGAAGGAAAGAAAAGCUUGAUGAUGCCGCUAGAUCUACAAACAACUCAAGAUAAUUGUAGCGGAUUGAGUACACUUUUUUUGGAUCUGAAAAAUUUAGUGAAUGGAAAGAUAGCAAAUAAAGCUAUGAGGACAAGUAAUGAGGAAUAUGCAAGACCUGCUUUAGACCACCGCCUUGUUACUAUUCCACAAAAAGAGGAUGGGAAAAAGAAGUAUCCGCAAAGAUCGUGCCGGCUUUGCUGGCGAAUAGGGAAACGGCGCGAUACUAGAUUUAUGUGUAGUGCUUGUGAAUUACCGUUUUGCAAAUCACCAUGCUUUGAAGUUCAUUUUAAUGAUGUGUUUAAAGUGUCGCACUUACAAGGAGAUUACUAUGCUAAUUAGUACCAAGCUUGUGACCUCUUAAGGGAAAUUUUAUAUCAUAGGGAUGCUAAAAUAAGUGAUAUGAUAAAAAACACAAAAGAAUCAAAGAUUCAAUAAAAUUGGGACCAAAUUAUGCCACAUAAAAUAAAAACAUAUAUUCUUUAAAAUACAAUUUACAAAUAACAGUACAACCUUGCUAAGCUACAAAAUGUUGCUGAUAUUAAAAAAGAAAUUGAAUUAUUGAUUAAUAUAACAAUUUUUUUCAUUCUGUAAACAAAUAUAAAAAUUAUGUUCACAGUAUUUAAGGGUGACUUUAGCAUGAUUGUACUUUUUUCAGAAUUAUAAAAGAUAUACCAUUAUACACAUAGUCUAUUUUUAUAUAUUUUUUUAUAAUGCAUAUAAUGUAUCAUUACAAUUUCUUCAGAUAAGCUGUGAUAUAAACUCGGCUUUUGCGUGCCAAUAUCUAUUUUUAGAAUGCAGUAUUAUGCAUACCUUUUUGGUGCCAUUAUUCUUCUGCCAUAUUUUCAAGACUUUUUUUGCUCAUGUUCUAGUCUAAUUUUUGUAUUAACUGAGAGUAAAGUGAAAUUUUUACUUUGGAUAAUUUUCUCUUUGUGGAAGUAUUCUUAUCUAAUCUUAAGUGUGUUUUGUAACCCAGUGUUUUUGUAUUCAUGAUCUCCAAAUUAAAACUUUCUUCAUAAUAUAUGACUUCUUAGUAGUAUGAACUAUGAAGAAUAAAAAACUAAAUUAAACAUUCCAUUAUGAAUGUGGAUUAUAUUAUAUAAAAUCCAAUUUUUACAAUUGUGAGAACUUUUGAAGUGAUUUAUAUUAUGUAUUCAUUGUGUGAUUAUUAUCUAAGGUUUAUACAAAUGUGUUUUAUAUCCAUAUUUUAAAUUAAUAAAUAAGAUAUAAAAAAAA